AUGCAAUUAGGACUCACAGAAAACCUCUCCACGCUGGUCGCAAGACGCUUUACAGCUGCUCGAGAUACCGGCAAUCUCGUGUUUUCUUCAACUCAUCUAUCCAUUAUCAAUGCCGCAGGGAUAUCAUACCAACUUCGUUACUGCCCAGCCCUUGCAAAGAAACCCUCAAAUCUGAAGCCCGACAAUGGCCCGAAAACACCAAAGCCCGAUCCCUUCGAGAACCCAUCUCCAGAUCUUCUGAUCGCCCAGUUCCCGCCCGAAAACCCCGCUUACAACCUCAUCCUUAACAAAUUCCCCGUCAUCCCCAACCACUUCCUCCUCGUGACAAGAGACUGGCAAGCGCAGACCGACAUCCUCCGCAAAACAGACCUAGAAGCCGCAUACGAGUGUCUCAAGGCCUGGAACACCGACAGCGAUGGAUCUCGACCUGCAAACGGCUCAUCUCCAAAGAGCCUCUUUGCCUUCUUCAACUCUGGCGACGAUAGCGGUGCAAGCCAGCCCCACCGUCACCUCCAAUUCCUCCCCGUUGAAGCAAUGCGCCAACAGGGCUCGGAGUCCUGGCACACACUGAUCGACCUCCUCACCUCCCAACCAACUUCCCCUUCCCCAACACCCAAGUUCCAGCACCUAUCAGGUCUCCCCUUCGCCCACUUCGCCCUGCCAAUCCCAUCGAAUCCCUCCGCCGAAACCCUGCACGGGAUAUAUUUGACCCUCUACAAGGCCGCAGCCGCAGCGACGCGUGGACAAACACCAAGCCAGGACACCGAGGCCCUCCCCACGGAAGGGCCAGCGUCUAUAAGCUACAAUUUAGCCAUGACCCGCUCAACGAUGAUGAUCUGCCCGCGCAGACAGGAGACAGCGCUUGUCCCCGUGGACAGUGCGGCGGCGCGUGAUAUCGUUGAUCCUGGACUGCUCUCGCUGAAUGGCACUAUCCUUGCUGGGACGCUGAUGGUCAAGGCUGAGAGCGAGUGGGAUGCUUUGCGCGAGAAUCCGGAACAUCUGACACAUGUUCUUACUACGAUCGGAUAUCCCCGUACCGAUUCUCGGGGGCCUUCGCUGUGA